UGCUUAACAGAACUAAAAAUAAUUUGGUUAUCACUGCUUGCUUACCCAAAUUAUCAAAACCGCAUUUGGCAUUCGUCGAUUUGCUUAAAGGAUUAUACCAGUACUGAGUUUCCUUUUUUAAAACACAAACACACAGAAAACCCCAGGAUGUUCAAGAUUACUUCCACGUAUAUAAAUUCUCCAGUACCGAUGUGAGACCUACAGUUUAUGACAUUUCUGACAAGUGACAGACACACGACAGAGUUUUCUCUGGGUUCGAUGACUAUGUUGCGCGAAACUAUUUCUGCUACUCGGUUAAAUAUCAUCUAGUCUAAGAAACGCCAAAAACGAAUUAAAACUUUAUCACCAUACAAGACAAGUAACGUUUUGAUCUCCUUAUAACUAGCAACGGAAAGCCUAUUUUAUCGGCAUAUAAUGGGCAACUUAAAUUAUAUCAUUAUGUUGAAUGUUAUCAUGAAGAAAUAUGGGGCAGCUUCCCCAAAGACAUUGAAAUCAACUAUUGAAUUUCUUCUACGGUUGACAGGAAACAGACGGCACACGACGUACCUCCUCGCCCUCACCAGCCUCCUCUUGGCCAUGAUAUUCCGUCAAAGAAGCAGACGUCGAGGAAAACUACCUCCUGGUCCGAUGGGAUGGCCAAUCGUGGGAAUGUUGCCCUACCUGGACCCGGAUAAUCCGGCACAGAGCGUCUGGGAUAUGUCGAAACAGUACGGUUCGGUGUUCUGCGGCCGUCUCGGGAGUCAUCUGGCCGUUUUCCUCAACGACUACGAGACGAUCAAGGAAGCAUUUAGCAGGAAGGAUGAUGCGUUCAGUGACAGACCGCGAAUUUCCAUGUUUGAAGUUUACACAAAAGGCCACGGGAUUGCAACCUGCUACUACGACAACCAUUGGAAAGAGCAGAGGCGUUUUGCUGUCAAGGCUUUCCGCCACUUUGGUGUUGGCAAACCUGACAGUGUUUUUGAAGAAUUCCUGAUGCGAGAAUCGAAGCACCUCCUCCAUGCUUACUCCAAAAAACACGUGGCCUUCAACCUGAAGCCUUUCAUCGACAUGGCAGCCUGCAAUAUCAUCAGCUCCAUGACAUUCGGCAGUCGUUUCUCUUACUCUGAGAGGACAUUUCAGCAGUUCCUAGCCGCCUUGGAUGACAUUUUCCACUUUGCCGACGUAGCGGGCGUCACGAACUACCUGGACUUCAUGAAGUAUGUUCCUUUCAGUGGGUACAGCUCAUUUGACCAACGGGUCCGGGAACUCGAGUCUGGGUUGUUCGUCAAGGAGCGUGAAGGCCACAAACGCACCUACGAUUCAUCAAAGACAAGAGACCUUAUAGAUGCAUUCCUGCAUGAGAUUAAAAAGAAGAGAGAUGAGGGUGCAGAGAGCGACACAACAGGUUUCAGCGACAAAAUGCUCCUCCAUUUCAUAGCAGAUAUGUUCGCAGCAGGGACAGACACAACCAGUAAUUCAACACAAUGGCUUCUGCUAUGUGCUGCCAAGUUUGAAAAGGAGCAACGGCGAGUCCAGGAAGAACUUGACAGAGUUGUUGGUCGAGAUCGUUUACCUACACUCUCUGAUAGGAAAAACCUGCCAUACACCGAAGCCUUCUUGGUAGAGGGUAUGCGCUUUGGUGUGGGAGGACCCUUCGCUGUACCCCAUGCCGCAGUUAGAGACACCGAGUUCAAAGGAUUCUUCAUUCCUAAGGGCACCGUUGUUGUUUCAAACAUCCUGUCAGUUCUGAUGGACGCCAAGACAUUUCCAGAACCUGAAAAAUUCAGACCGUCCCGGUAUCUGAAGGAAGACGGUACUCUUCGUUACGAUAUGAUCGAAAGAGUCCACUCACAAUUUGGAAUCGGUCGGCGGACGUGCAUCGGUGACCAAAUGGCGCGAGCAGAACGCUAUGUCUUUCUUACCCAUCUCCUGCACACCUACAACAUGUCUGGAUCCAGCGGUCCUGAUUCGCUCUCUCUCAAAUCACACGGAGGGUUGACCAGGAAUCCAGUUCCAUUCGAUGUUAUUCUCACUGAGAGAUCUCCCAUUAUCACAACAUCCAAAAUCUCUUAUGGACUGUAAAAUAAAUAUAUAUUAUACUCAAAUGUGUCAAAUUGCAUUCGGAGGAGAAAAGGGGAAAAACUAUGCCAACUGCUAAGUAAAUGUAUAUAAAUCUUCGUGGACAAGCGAGAAGUAGACCAACCACAUAUUUAACCGCGAAGACAGAAGGCUGCAACCGCGAAUUAAAAUGAAGACCAAAAUGAUGAGCGUUUCCAUUAGGUACACCUGAAUAUAAAGUAUGCCUGUGGGCAUAUACGGACCUUUUAAGCUUUGGGUCUUUCCCCCUUGUUUUUCAUUUUAAUUUUGGUAGAACCGCUCAUUUUGUCUUGGGGACAAGUAAUGCCAGCUGUGGUUGUACUCACUGUUGUACACAAAAUGCCAAGUUCGUAGAAGAGGGGUGAUAAUACUAAACAGCUACUCCACACGGACAGUUUAUUUGGUCAGUGUAUAAAAAUGAAAUAAAAUAGAAUGCUGUGACAUCCGGGCCCUGUCUUACAAAGAGUUUCGAUUGAUCCGAUCAA